CUCCAAAAUGGAUGCUACUAAUCGUGUUGAGGCUGUUCGCUGUUUUCAAUUUGCCAAGAAAUGUCUAGACGAUGGAGAUAGGGUAAAAUGCGUGCGGUUACUAGAAAAGUCUAGACAUUUGUGUCCAACCGAGGAGUGUCAAAAGCUCUUGAAAGAAUUGAAAGAGGGGGAAAAUGAUCGUUUCGACGACGGACAGCAUUCGAGAGACGAGAGACGGAGAGGAGAAGCGUCUAGGCAGAGAGGUGAGGCUCGUUCGAACACAGAGAACAAAUGCGACCGAGACUUUACCGAGGAACAAGUAGAACUCGUGAAAAGUAUGAACGACUGUAAGGAUUACUACAAGGUAUUGGGCGUGAGUAAAGACGUAUCCGAUUUGGACCUAAAGAAGCAGUAUAGAAAAUUGGCAUUGAGACUCCAUCCUGAUAAGAACAAAGCACCUGGAGCAAGUGAUGCAUUUAAAGUUGUAGGGACUGCAUAUGCAGUUCUGAGCGAUAAAGAGAAGCGGAGGCAGUAUGAUCUAUGGGGACCUGAAGAUUCACAGAGUAGGAGUAAUUAUCACACCAGGCACUAUUAUCAAGGUGAUUUUGAUGCUGAAGAGAUAUUUAACAGGUUCUUUGGUCGUCGUGCAUAUUCAACCGAUCUGUUUGCUGGUUCCUGGUCCACUACUAGUAAUCGAUAUGAGGAUGUAGGCAAUGAAAUGACUGCAGAAUAUUUUAGUCGAGUCUUGCCUCUCUUAGCAAUACUACUGAUGACUAUGAUAGCGACUGCCAUUACUGUAUUGUAUCAAGAGAAUCCUCCAUUUAGUCUGCAUCGAACUCGAUCUUAUCAUGAUGUGAGGGACACUCAAACUCGUCCACAUGUAAUUCGUUACUAUGUACAAAGUGAUUUUUCAGAAAAGUAUGCCAAGUCAUUGCCAAAGUUAGAAGCAGACGUAGAAAGAGAAUAUAUUUCCUAUCUCAGACAAAGUUGCUUUUUAGAAAAGCAGCAGAGAAAUGAACAGAUGAUGUGGGCCAGAUAUCAUCAGGAUAAAAGAGCAUACGUUAGAGCAUCUGAAAUGCCAUUGCCGAACUGUGAGCAACUGCACGUAUUUGUAAAUGGAUAGAUAUGACUUGAAUAGUUUGCUCAUUAUCUUUUGUAAUGGUGUAAAUGGAAGCAGUCAUAUGCAUUUUGUGAGACUUCCA